CAUUGAUGAAGUAGAAUAAAAGAAGAAGAAUAAAACAGCGAUCCGCGAGUGAACGAAAAGCCGAGCUCGCGCCAGAUACCCUUUCGGUCUGAUUCUGCUCAGUUGUGUUUUGUGAUAAAUUUUACGAGAAUCAAAAUGAAGUCAACUUUCACGGUUGUCCUGGUCGUCAUGGUGGUUGCGGUAACGGUCACCAACUCAUCUCCGUGGGGACACAGAGGCCACGAUGAACACAAAGGCCACGAUGAUCACAGAGGCCACGAUGAACACAGAGGCCACGAUGAACACAAAGGCCUCGAUGAACACAGAGGCCACGAUGAAAACAAAGGCCACGAUGAAAACAAAGGCCACGAUGGACACAAAGGCUCCGAUGGACACAUAGGCCACGAUGAACACAGAGGCCAAGACGAACACAGAGACCACGAUGAACACAAAGGCCACGAUGAACACAGAGGCCACGAUGAACACAAAGGCCACGAUGCACACAGAGGCCACGAGGGACAGCAAGGCCACAAUGUACACAGAGGCCACGAGGGACAGCAAGGCCACAAUGUACACAAAGGCCACGAUGAACAUAGAGGCCAAGAUGAACACAAAGGCCACAAUGAACACAGAGGCCACGACGAACACAAAGGCCACGAUGAACACAGAGGCCACGACGAACACAAAGGCCACGAUAGACACUAAGACCACAAAACAUGGAUGCCAGCACUCUCAUCUCAAAUUUAAUUUAUUCCAGUUUGAACAGAUUCCUCUUCUCGUACCAGAAUGUCAUACCAGACAUUAGUAGCAAGAUUAUGAGCUGACGCUUAACAAGUCAAGAUAAGACACUUCGUUGAAGAUAAAAAUGAGAAAAGCAAUAGGUUAUUAUGUAUUUAAAGUUAUAGAGUAAGUUUAUGUAAUACAUGUUUCCCUCCUCUCUAAUGUACCUCAUUGUAUUUCGAUUGAAUUUCUUUGAUCAUCUUUCACGAAAAAUAAAAAUCGAUGCAAAAGUUUCCUAACCGUUGAA